CUCCAAAACCAGAGCCAGUCAAAAACACUGAAAGUGACAAAGGUAUUCACAACUUCUAUACCCCAAGGAUGCUAUACUUGCAAAGGCUGUCACCAACUCCAGACAAAAUCUAUACAGCUUUCCAUUGUAAGAAGAACCCUCACAUGAAGAAGUAGCUUACUGAGUCAUCCCCCGCUUUGUUUGUUAGGGAUCACAAGCAUGUUAACUAAACUACCUAUCUCUUCAUGAAGACACAUGUGACAGACAUAGCCAUCAAACAGCUGUAAUGAACUCUGUGAUCUCAAGGUUCAGAUCAAUGGGCAGCACAUCUUCCUCCUCCAUCGGAGGAUCCUCUGUUCGUUCUCAGGUAGAUUGAAGAAGAUGGUGAAGCAGGAGAAGAGGAGAAGCCACGCGAAGGGCUCAGGACUCAAGAUGAUGGAGUUCCCAGGAGGCCCAUAUGGCUUUGAGCUGGUGGCGAGGUUCUGCUACAACAAUGGAAGCAUUGUCAUUAGCCCAUCCAACAUCUGCCUCCUCCACUGCUCCGCCAUUCUUCUCGAAAUGACGGAAAAGGUGUCUACCUGCAACCUCUUGAGGCAGACAGAGGGCUUCUUGGAUGGGCUGUUGCACUGGACAUGGAAUGACAUCCUGACGGCCUUGAAGAGUUGCGAGGUCUUCUUCUCAGCUGCAGACUCCUGCGGCCUGGUGCAAAAGCUCGUCUCCUCUCUCGUAUCAAAGAUGUCAGCCAAUUCAGAACAGCCGAUCCUAUCCGCAACACCAUUUCCUUCCUCUUCGUCUUCUUCCUCCUCGCCUGACACCUAUGGUUUCAGGUGCUCCUCAUUUACCAAGACACCUGAGCCCAUGAAGCCUUGCUCCAAUUCCGAUUGGUGGUUCGAUGACCUCACCGUCUUCGCUCCGAACACCAUAGAAAAGAUCAUGAAGACUCUUGGAGCUUACGGUACUGAAAACAGGAACCUCGUCCUCACCAGGUUUCUUCUGCAUUACCUCAAGACAGCCGUUCGAAAGCCGUGCUCAAGUGGGGGAAGCGGCAAUCUCGGUUACUGUAAGGAAGAGUACGGCGGCCUUUCAGACACCGCAGUUCACGGAGUGGUACUGAUGCAAAGAACGGCCUUUUCUUGCCGGGGGCUCUUCUGGGUGCUGAGGGUGGUCUCAGACCUGGGUAUCAGCAAGGAAUGCAGGCAUAAGCUGGAGAGGCCAAUCGGGCUGAUGCUUGACCAGGCCACACUGGAUGAUCUCCUGGUGUCAGGCCAUGAUGGUGCUGCCUACGAUGUGAAUCUGGUGCUGAGGUUGGUCAGAACGUUUAUAAGCACCGAGGAGGAUGGUGUCGCCAUGCAGAGGAUGAAGAAGGUUGGGAGAUUGAUCGACAAGUACCUAGGAGAGAUCUCCCCUGACCAGAGCUUGCAGAUAUCAAAGUUCUUGGAGGUAGCCGAGAGCCUACCAGAUUCAGCCAGAGACUGCUUUGACGGGAUCUACAGAGCCUUAGAGAUCUAUCUCGAGUCACACCCAACACUAUCCACCGAGGAGAGAACGAGGCUGUGUCGAUGCCUCAACUACGAGAAGCUCACUCUCGAGGCCUGCAAAGACCUCGCCAAGAACACGAGGAUUCCGCCGGGAGUCGCAGUGCAAGCGCUGGCCUCGCAGCAAUCCGAGAUGCAGAUCCGAAGCUUCAUGGCGGAGGCGUCGCAGACGCCAAGGAGAGUCGCUCGCACCACCGCGACGGCCGCUGAGGGGGUCUCUCCGGAGUUGUUGGACGAGGAGAAGCAGCUCAGGCUUAACCUGCAAAGAAUGCAGUGCAGGGUGAAGGAACUGGAGAAGGUGUGCAAGAACAUGAAGGGUCAAAUGGCGAAGAUGGCGAAGGGCAAGUCCACGAGCCAUGGCAGCAGAGGAAUGCCAAGGCUCUGUUGACUUGCUGCGCUCACAACCUUCUUCCUAUGAAGGUAUCAAUGUAGAGCAAUAAGUUCUUCUCUUUUCCCUUCUGUAUAAGAGCAGUUUGUAAGAGUUGUGUAUGCCUAUUGUGAGCUUCAUUUUGUUUGUCUUAUAAUUGAUUGUUAUUUGAUUUGGUUUCAGCUAAGAUUUACAUUGUAACAUUUGUUUGUGAGAUCAGCUGAACACCAAUGGAGGAGUUUGUAAAGCUUUCACUAUAUAGAACUGAUGAGAAUUUAUUUAAA